AUGGAAGAAGAGGGUCUUGCUUACAUAACCCCUGAUCCUGGUUCUCCUACUCGCCACCCCGAGCUUUUUUUUCGUACACCUAUAGAGCAAGGAGGACGAAGACCGGUGCUCCAAGAGUCUUCCGGUGAAGCACCUGUGAAAGAAAAAUGCAAGGGGAAGAUGGUGGUCAGUGACAGCUCCCUCGAGAGAAUUGUUACACCAUUUGCUCAAAGGAUUCUUGACGACCCAUUGCCAAAACAUUAUCAGAAUCUCAAUAUUAGAGAAUACUCUGGAACUACUGAUCCGGAAGAUCAUCUUUCCAAAUUUGAGAGUGUGGCUCUACUACAACAGUUUUCUGAUGGGGUUAAGUGUCGAAUGUUCCUUACUACUCUUGGAGGAGCGGCUCAAAGAUGGUUCAAAAGAUUACCAGAAAAAUCUAUCCGGCGCUUCAAAGAUUUUCGUAGAGUGUUUCUUCAUCAUUUUUCUAGUAAUAGAAGAUAUCAUAAAACUCCUUGGAGUCUUUUCUCUAUCAAGCAGGGGUCCAAGGAAAGCAUUAGAGCUUAUAUUAAAUGGUUUAAUCAACUAGCCGUUGAUGUCCCUAAUGUCACCACUGAAAUUUUGGUGAGUGUUUUUUCUCAAGGGCUCAAUGAUAAUGAUUUCUUCAAGGACCUAGUAUGGAAUCCUCCAACUAAUUUUGAUUUAUUAAUUGAGCGAGCUACUAAAUUUAUUAAUGUUGAAGAUGCUCAAACAGCUCGCAAGAAGGAGAAUGUUGUACCUGUCUCGAUUCCAACUAAUGGCCGGUCCACAGCUCCUGUUCAUCUACCUAGGGGACUUCGUGCAACUCCUCCUCCACAUUGUCAACCUGAACUCAAACCUCAAGCAGUGUAUCCACCUCUUGCGUCUCCACCUAUACCAUCACUUCCUCCGAAACCACCGCUUGAGCCGCUUUCGGCACCAGCUCCUCCUCCGCCCGACCCAUCGCCAAUGCCGCCGCCGCCGCCGCCACCUCCAACACCAACGCCACCGACGCUGACACCGAUCCCACCUCCGCCACUCAUGCCGAAACCGCCGCCUGCGACGCCAACUCCGAUCCCGACACCAAUGCCUCCACCUCCUCCACCAAUCCCGCCGAGUCCUCCGCCAGCACCGCCUGCGGUUCCGAAUCCAGCGCCACCGGUAGCUCCACCGAUUCCACCUCCUCCAAUGCCUCCGCCACCUCCAACACCACCGCCACCUCCUCCAAUGCCACCGCCAACUCCACCUCCACCUCCAAAUCCGCCACCGCCAAAUCCACCACCUCCUCCCAUGCCACUGCCGCCAAAUCCACCACCUCCUCCCAUGCCACCUCCCAUGCCACUGUCGCCAAAUCCACCACCUCCACCCAUGCCACCGCCGUUAACUCCACCACCUCCUCCGAAUCCACCGCCUCCUCCCAUCCCUCCACCACCUCCCAUGCCUCCGCCAACGCCACCGCCAACUCCACCGCCUCCUCCCAUCCCUCCACCACCUCCCAUGCCUCCGCCAACGCCACCGCCAACUCCACCGCCUCCUCCCAUGCCUCCACCUCCUCCCAUGCCUCCGCCAACUCCACCGCCUCCUCCCAUGCCUCCGCCAACUCCACCGGGGCUACCUAUGCCUCCACCAAUACCACCACCACCUCCGCCCCCGACUCCUCCGCCAACCCCUCCUCCAAUACCUCCACCUCCUCCUCCAAUGCCACCGCCACCUCCAAAACCACCGCCACCCCCAACUCCUCCACCGCCACCUCCUCCAAAGCCACCGCCACCCCCAACUCCUCCACCGCCAACUCCUCCUCCUCCUCCAAAGCCACCGCCUCCUCCAAUGCCACCACCUGCUCCACCUCCUCCCAGGCCUCCGCCUGCUCCUUUUCCAAUGCCGCCGCCAACUCCACCACCUCCUCCAUUGCCACCGCCACCGCCAACUCCUCCAAUACCUCCACCUCCUCCGCCAAAGCCACCGCCACCUCCAAUGCCACCACCUCCUCCUCCCAGGCCUCCGCCUGCUCCUUUUCCAAUGUCACCGCCACCACCAGCUCCACCUCCUCCUCCAAUUCCACCGCCACCUCCAACUCCUCGACCGAUGCCACCGCCAGCUCCACCUCCUCCCCCAACGCCUCCACCUCGGCCAACUCCACUACCUCGACCAACUACGGCAUGGCUGCCACGUCGGGUUUUACGAGCACAAUCACUACUCUGCCCACCAUCCAACGCAUCACUAGACCUCCCGCCAGAAGCGAUCACAUAGUCCAGAGGCGGCGUCCUCAGCUUCUUCCCUUCCCUUCUCCCACUUCCACCAACAACACAAGCCAAAACCAUUAGAAGGAUCAGUGCUCCCUGCUUCCCCAUCUAGUGACAAUGGCAGAGACAAAUUGGCCGGUGCAACUGCGAAGGCCGUAGAAGGCAGAUCAUAAAUAUAAGUUCUCGCGCCAAACAGCAAGUGCUACAUUUUUUGGUGGCAGUUAGCAGCUUAAAUGCAUCUUCUUCCCUCUUGCAUCUUCCGUGAGACCAUUUAAUCUCGCAUUCAUGGCUCCUCCCUUUCUCUGCAUUGGCUUUGGUCAACUUGUGUUGGGAAUAAGCAAAGUAGAAGGGAAGGAGGAUUUGGAGAUUGUGACAACAGCCGCUCGCAGUCUGGAAAGACGAAAGGAUGCCACUUUAAUUUAGCUCCACCACCAAUGCCUUUCAUGGAGUUUAAUGGGAUUUGCUUUCUGGUGGACGUUAGAGAAGAGCAGUCAAAUACUUUAAUUUCUGUUUGCCUUAGCUACGAUGGAUGAGCUGUGAAUCGAGAGGAGACGAAGGUGAUGGCGAUCGAUGGGGCCAGCGGUGAGGUUGAGCAGGCCCAGACUCUGGGAGCCGGUGGUGGCAUGAGUGGGGAGAGUGUGGCGCUUUGUACGUAGUUUGGGAGCCUUU